CUUCCUUUGAUCAUUCAUCAGGCUGCGCAGUGCCUACGCAAUCCCUUCACCACCCUCCCGCCUUUCGUAUAAAACAGAGAGGCAAAUGCCGUUCCCAGCAUGGCAACCCCCAACCCUCCCAAACCCGGCGACAGCAGCGCAAGCUACAGCAAAAUGUCGGUCGGCGAUGUCGAAGCCAUAGGCGCGCACUGCCAAAUGCCCUUCUGUCACCAGCUCGACUUCCUCCCCUUCCGUUGCGAAAGUUGUAAAGGUAAAUUCUGCCUCGACCACCGAACAGAAACCGCGCACCAAUGCUCCAACGCCGGCGCAUGGGCAGCGCGCCAACGCGCCCAACUCCCUUCCUCCUCCCUCCCCACCAAACCUAGACGCACCAUCCUCACCCACGAACAACAAUGCUCCGAGCCCAGCUGCAAAACCCUCAUCAACACCCCGCUCGUCACCGGCAUCACCUGCGAAAAAUGCCGCCGCUCCUACUGCCUCAAACACCGCUUCGGAUACGAGCACGACUGCGACAAGCUCACGCCGCCCGGGCCGCGAGCAGCCGCGACAGAAAAGGCGACGGCGGCGUUUGAGAAGUUCAAAGCGUGGGGCGUGGCGAAGAAGGCUGCUAUCCCCGCGCCACCGAGUAUGCCGCAGAGCAAGGCGAAGCAAACUUCUGCCGCGCAACUGCAGUCGCUGUCCACUCUCAAGCGCACGGCGAAAGGAGACGACAAGGUGCCGGUGGAGAAGAGAGUGUACGUGUUUGUCGAAACGGCUUCAGAUUCGGUGACUUCCAAGAUCCCCAAGGGCAAUUUCUUCUACAGCGCGGAAUGGAGUGUAGGCCGCGUGCUAGACUUGGCGGCCAAGAGCCUGCACGUGGAGAAUGUGAAUAAUCGGAGUGAGAGCGAGGAGGAGAAGCUGCGCGUGUUCCACGUCGAGGGCGGGAGGCUUCUGGAGUUUGGCGAGAAGCUAGGCCAGAGGGUGAAGAAUGGGCAGACGAUUGUGCUGCUGAGAGGGGUAGGGCCUAGUAUGGCGAGCACUCCUGAGAAGACGGUGGGAAGUGGAUGAGUCGACCGACGGGCAGCGAACGGUCCACGGGCCGACGACUGAUGAAUGGUCAUGAGGGAAAGAGUGAAGAUGCAUGUAGAAUCACUAUGAUACA